CCGCAGCACGGCGAUUGGCGGUGCGCUGUGUCCCUCGGACACAGCGGAUCACCGAUCCAUGGAAAGAGCCGAAGAUGUCAGCUCGGGGGGACAUGUACACAGAUCAUCAGAGCACUGCUGAUCAGUGUGCCCUGAUGAUCUGUGUAGCCCCAGCAGCGCCACCUGUCAGUGUCCAUCAGUGCCAGCUCUGUGUUCAUCCAUGCCACCUGCCAGUGCCAGUGCCACAUCAGUGCCACAUUUCAGUGCCACAUCAAUGCCACAUAUCAGUGCCCAUCUGAGCUGCCUUUCAGUGUCACUCAUCAGUGCCAGUCAAUGCCACCUAUCAAUGUCUAUCAGUGCCACCUAUCAGUGCUGCCAAUCAGUGCCACCUAUCAGUGCCAGUCAGUGCCGCCUAUCAGUGCCAGUCAGUGCCGCCUAUCAGUGUGCAUCAGUGCUGCCUAUCAGUCCCCUUCAG